AUCUUUAAUCUUCAAUCUUCAAUUUUUAAUGCGUAGUCUGAUACGGGCACAAUAUCAUCCUAGGCUAUGUUCCAAAACGUACUCUCCGAGGAAAAUUUUACUCCGAUGGCCGUUCCGAAACUUUUUUGAGCGUCUCUGAUUGGUUCCAGGUUGGCCAUCGAGUAAAAUUUUUCUCGGAGAGGAAAUUUUACAUCGUUUUGGAACUUAGCCAUAAAUCUACGGAAAUUACCUAGCAAAGCAUUAAUUUAGGACGCAAGAAGAUUAGAUUUGGUCUGUACGUGUUUCAAACAUUUCAAAUUUAUGCUCAAAAAAUAGUGUGCUUAUACAUAUCUCCUUAAAAAAGUUUGUGGAAGAAUCUUCAACAUUUUACUAUAAUGUCCAAUAGUGAAAUAUUAUCAGAUACAUGUAAUAGAAGACGUUCUCCUAGGGAACGUAAAGAUUGCUUGAAACAUGCCUUGCAGCGAACACUGGUUUUACAGAAUGUGAUCAAUAAAUCUACUGUAAAUAAACUUAAUGAAGUUAUAAAUGAAGCUGACAUUGUUGCUAAUGAGACAAAUAUUCAAGAAAAAGGUAUAUAUUUGCAGGAAGUACUUAUGGAUUCGCAAAUGAUGAUAUCAUCUUCCAAAGUCCUGAAAACUUGUACUAUUUCUCUGACAAAGAAAAUGAAUGACUAUGACUGUAUUGACUUUGCACAAAAGCUGGUGAAAUAUGUACAAGGAAUGUCAGACAAUCCGGAAUUACCACCAGAUUGGUCGCUUUUAGAGCCACAAGUAACAAAAUUGUUCAAAAGGGUUCCUAACUGCAGUACACUCUUAGGUACAUUGGAGCCUUUAGAGAAGAAAAUUAUAGUUAGGAAGAAACCUGAACAGAGAAUAGCGCAGCAAGCUGCAAUGGUAGUGCCUGAGAAACUAGUGCGAGUCGCAAAUACCAAGGAUGAGGACAGUGUUGAACGAACUGUGAGGAAGAUUAGAAAAUUAAUUGUAACUUACUAUAAGGAAACACGGAAACCACUAGAUUUUUUCAAGUUAAUUCUGCAUCCACAAGAUUUUGGAAGGGCUGUCAGAAAUAUGCUGUACAUAUCAUUUCUUGUGAAAGAUGGAAUAGUGACAGUGAGAAAAGAUAAUAAUGGAAGCCUCGUCAUACAACCAUGUCACAAGGAAAAAAAUUUGCAAAGAAGUGAUACUAGAACAGGCAUUCAAAAUAUAAUUUCUUUAAAUAUGAAACAAUGGAUGACAUUAAUAAAGAUACAUAAAGUGGAGAAACCAAUGAUUGAUUUUGAUGAAGAUAAGUAAUGCUGCUUAUAAAUUAACAUAUGUUUUUUAUAAGCCCAGGGUUGGCACUAUCUCGUAAUUUUAUAUCUCCAAAACAUUAUAUUAAAUGUAUUUUCAAUUAUAUAUUAUAUUAAAGGAAAGAAUAAUUUUAUA